GCGCUGUGACUAAACCCCCUCCUCCGCGGUGAGGGCGCGGGGCGGGGCUCCGGCUUGUGUAGUACGUGUGCUUCCCAGCAGUUAGCUUGCGGCUAAGCGAGGCUCCAGCUGAAGUGAGAAACAUGGUGCUGCUCGAAAACGACUCGUUCCUCACUGAGCUCACGCGACUCUUCCAGAAGUGCAGAACAUCUGGCAGUGUUGUCAUCACACUAAAGAAAUAUGACGGCAGGACCAAGCCAGUGCCCAGAAAAGGCCACACGGAGUCGUUUGAACCCGCAGACAACAAAUGUCUCAUCAGAGCGUCUGAAGGCAAGAAGAAGAUUAGCACAGUGGUCAGCACCAAAGAAGUAAUCAAGUUUCAAAUGGCGUACUCCAAUCUCCUUAGAGCUCACAUGGAUGGACUUAAGAAGAAAGAUAAGAAAAGCAAAAGCAAGAAAACCAAAGCCACCCAAUGAGCAACAGACUCUUUAAAACAUGACCUUGGAUAACCUACACUGGCCUGUACGUUCAGUGGGGGAAAUGGGAACAGCCUCCGCUUUCUAUGAUCACCAGAGGCCUCAGAAUCACUGUUCAUCCACCCGGUGACUGCUUUGAUAUCACGCCAUUGUUUGCAUGGUAACGUCUCAUCCCUGGCUGUUCAGUGCCAUCGCUGAUCUGGAUCAGGAUACGUGAGGAUGUCUCGAAACAAGACAAAGCAGGUCAACUGUAGUGAAUCUCCUCAGCUCCAGCUUCAGAAACCAGGUCAUCAGCAGCCGUGUCACCUCUGGAGCCAAAUCCUCGGAGCCUAAUGAUUAACUGCCUUUCAUACUAUUUAAUUGUUAAACGUCCCUAUUUAUGUUGUAUUGAAGGCUCACCUGUGAGCUGCCUUGGCAUGUUUCAAUUUGAGAAGGAUUUUAGAUUUUCCAGUUAUUUAGAUAUUUUUUUUCAUGCUUUGAAACGUCAUCAUGGGUCCACAGCAAAACAGAACUAAAUUUAAUCAGGUUUGUUUUUACUUUGACAAACUUCAAUGUAUUUCAUCUGGCUUGAAUUUUUUUUUUUAGGAGAUGAAAUUGUAUUUUUACGUUUUUAUUUCACUUAUACUCAUGGGCCCCCUUGUUUUCGAACCACAAACUAAUGCCAAGCUUUCAAACUGGACGUCUUAAAUUGUAAAACACAGAUAAAACGUACAGUUUAUCUUCAGUUAAUGUGAUUAUUUCCAAGUGUAUGAUAUCAUGAUAGAGUUUAAUAGCACAAAAAACAUAUAAAGUUGUAGGUUUACUGAAACUCCUUUUUGAAUUAUGAAUACAGAGACACAGUAUUGGCUGUAAAUCUAAUAAUAUUCAUUUCUGUUCAUCACAAUUAACAAGGCAGGUUGAGCCGCAGCCAUUAUACUCUGUCAGCCGUUUGUGUUGUCUCACCAUGCUCCGAGUCCAGAUCUCAUGGAAGAGGACCGCAGUAGAAGUUGCAUUCGGAAAUAAAGUGCAUUGUUAAAAACUCAAA